AUGACGCUGCUCGAAUCAUUUUGCACUCGAAUUCCUGAUAACCGAACCACGAAAGCACUACCCACAGACCUUCUUGUGUGGGAAUCCCCUCAGAAGUUCUUCUUGCGUGUCAAGCGGAAACUGCAGCAGCAGCAAAAAGAUCCGACAGCUUCAAACCCCAUCAAGCAGAACACUCUUCCUUCCACAACUACGGAAAAGCCGUUAGUCAAACCUGCUUUCACUGAGCAGCGCAGGAGUGAUCCUCCAGAGGAUGUGGCCACUGAUAAGGAUGAUCAGGAUAAUUUCCUUAUCGAAUCAAUGGACGCUGAUGAUGAAAUGUCUCAGAAUGCAGUGACUAGUUCUGGGAAUUUAAACUCUGCCCCUUUUAACAGUGGGGCUCAGUCAGAGGAAAGGUGGGCAAACGGAGAAGCAAAACGUGCCGAACGUCAUCAAGACCGAAGAGAGCUGCAGCCACGUAAUAAGCAAGCUGCUCCUGGAGUCGAGAAGCUGCUGGAGACUAAUCCUCAAAAGCCCUCACAGUGCUUCUGUAGUAUUAUGUUCUCUCCCGAAGUCCGCAUUCCAAGGAAGCAAAAGCCGAAGGAAGGCUGCAAGGUCCCUUUGGAUGAACCUCAUACGGAUCAAGUUGCUGGCAAAGCAGCCAAAGAGAAAAAUGUCUGCCUAACCAGCUGGAGAAUUAAAGUGAUGGAUGGUAACACUGCAAUAUGUGUUGAAGGAAAACGGAAAGACAUGAAAGACCUGUUUUGGCAUAGUAAUGCAAUCAUGGAGCGCAUAGCACACAACCAAGUUAAAACGUCAUCUGGCAGUAUCUACUUGCUACAGGGAAAUAUAGAUUCCGCUUCGAUGAGAAAAGAAGGAUUUCCCUACCGCUUCAUCAAAAGAUUUACGUACGGGUUUUCCAAAAGGUGGAAGGAAUAUGUUGAGGAGUUUCUGGAGGAAAGGAGGAGGAAAGAACGAAAACAACAGAGUGGUGAGGAUGAGUAUGAAGAGAGCGACUCAGUGGUGGGUACAGAUGUGUUGAAAAAUGCAGAAGAUGCAGCAAGAGGUGUGAAGAAACCUGGAGCCAGAAACACCACAUGUGAAGUAUCGCCGAAGAAUGGUGAAAACCUUUAUAUAACACCGAACCGCAAUUCCAUAUUGAAUGACUCAAACAGAGUUUACACUCGUAGUGGCCGUCUUGUUAAGCCACCGUUAAGUUUCUGGUGUGGGCAACGCGAAUUUGUUGAUCAGAACCUAAAUGUCACGAUAGAAGAAGGUGGAGUCGAUUAUUUGAGCAUGAUGCUUAGUAGCGAAAAGUCCCAAAGAAACACCAGCUCCAUCUCCAAGAAGAACAAAAGAAAGGAAGUAGUGAAGACAACCGAAGAAAUGCCAAAAAGCCAAAGUAAAGGGAAAAACAGCGAAAAAGGAGUAAGUUCCAAAAGAGAAGCCAAGUCCGCUGGAGGCAAGGAGGCCAGGCACUUCAUUUCAGAGGAUGAUGAAAGCAAUCAUGCGAUCAACAGUAUGAAAAAUAAAACACAGCCUCCUGUUAAGCUGACUCCCUUACAUACUGAUGCCCUAAACAAAGAUAACUGUAACAGCAGAAUCCCAGGAACGACAGCGGAGAAGAGAGGAACAGAAUAUGGAGAGCUGACUGUGUAUCAGCAGGCUUACAAGUACUCUUUAAGGUCAGCUAAACAUCUUCAAAACAAGCACUUAACGGAAGAAUCGUCAAGCAAAGAUGAGGAAGAGGAAUCCAGCGAAGACAUCCCGCUGUUUAUCAAAAGGAAAAGCAAACCUUUGUUCAAAGAGGAGACUCAAAACCACAAGUCUUCCUCUCACCUGAAAAGUUCACAGGAUGAUGCAGACAAGGUGUCCUCCGAGCACAGGACAGUGACACACCCUGCUGCCUCCCGUAACGGGCCGCUGCGGCCAGGUGUGCCCGGAUCUGCUGGUGGUUCUGUUUUUCUGGAAGGCAAAACCCCUCUGAGCGAGUCCAGCACCUCCCACCCGCCCGACAGGGCACGGAGGACUGGCAGCAGAGCCCACCCCCCACGGUACAUCCUGGAGUCUGACACGGAGCCUGAAACCAACAAAGAGCAGUUUCAAGCAAAAGAAAAGAAUUCAAAAGUAUCCCAUAAGAAAAGAAAUAAGGUUUCUAAUUCUGCCAAGUCUUCAGCGGCAAAAGCAACAGAACGUGAGAGGGAAAAGGAGCAGAGAUCUCUGGAACUCUUUCCAAGGGCGGCUGACGGCUGGUCGGAGAAGGAGCUGCAGAAGCUCUACAGGGCCAUCGCUUCGUUCCCGAAGCACAAGAGCGGCUUCUGGGUGGAGGUGGCCAUGGCGGUGGGCUCUCGCUCUGCUGAAGAAUGCCAUCAGAAGUAUGCAGAAGAACAACAGGCAAAAGGUUCCAAGAGACAUGCCAAGACGACCACCGCUUCAGGAAAGCCAGAACAGAAAGGUGAGAAGGAGCCGGUUACGAUAACUGCCAAAGUGGGGACCUUCAAAAGAAAGCAGCAGAUGAGAGAUUUCCUGGACCAUUUGCCAAAGGACAACCAUGAUGAUAUUUUCACCGCGACGCCCUUCCAGAGCAGAAGAGUCAAGCUGCCAAUGUUCCGGGGAAGCCAAGACGACAACGAUGAUGACUUUGCACUUGCGGACAACCCGAUCACGCCUGCCUCGGCCGUCUUCCCUCUGGCGAAAACCCCGCAGUGCGAGCACAUCAGCCCUGGCAUGCUGGUGCCCAUCAACAGGAACGACUACGACCGGCACGUGUUCCGCAUGCAGAAGAACACGCAGGGCAGCCGGGGCACCUGGGACAAGGUCACGAAGAAGUCGCUUGCGGAGCUGCGCUCCCGGCUCGGGCGCACGCCGACAGCUCCCGUCUUUCCUGUCGCAGAAGGGAAGCAGACCUCUGUCGUGGGGAAGCUCUUCCUGGCUGAGGCAGCGAGUUCCUCGGAUGAAGAACAGGACGAUUCCGAUUUCUCCGUUUAA